GUGGAAAGGGUUAAAAGGGUGACAGAGGGCUCUGGGCAGGAAGGAGUUAAUUUCUCCUGGGCAGGUUUAGGGCUGGGAGGCAAAUGGUACUGGGAGGAAGAAGCCCCGUUGGACCCUUUGUUCUUGCCCUUGAGUUUUUGAAGUUAUGGGAACAAUAUUUGUGGGAAAAUGGGGGAGGGGGGUAGGGUGGAGCAGGGAGAGGAGGUCUGGGCAGCUUGGGGUCAGGAAAAACACUUCACUCAGCUUGGCCACCCGCAGCCCUAGCACGCCAGCCCCCCACGCCCCUUGAGAAAUGUGUUGUGCCAGCUUCCUCUGACCCUGUGGCAACAUUGCCUGGUGGGGGGUCUGUGGGCUGGGGCUUGUGGGUUGGGGAGGGAACAGCCAGCUGCCAACGCAGGAGGCCAGUGCCCUUUUGCCCAUUGGCCACAGGGGCAGCCGGGUCAGCCCCCUCCACCUCACUGCUUGCUUCCUGUUCUUUACCUCCUUGAUCCAAUCUUGUCCUAGUGGGAGAGAGCGAAGUCCCUGUUUAUGCCCAUGCCAGGUGUUGGCUGGAGGAGGAGGAGGGGCAGGAAGCCAUGAGUAGGGAGGGGGGAACCUGGCCUUUUCCGUUCCCAAGCUCCCAGAUUUCCUCUCUUUCAGGAAGGAGCCUCUUCCUUGCCCCCCCUCUCCGCCUUCCCUGACGCCGCUGCUGCCCCCCUUUCCCAGACGGGGAGCCAGGGUCAGAGGAGCCUAAGUGGAACAGAUUGUACUGGGGGGGGGAGUAAUGGGUGCCCCCACCAAGCACAGCUUCUGCCCUGUCCAUUUGGCCACACGUGCGCGCGCGCGCGCGCACACACACGCUCCACCAUCCCAGGAUUGAAGAGAAGCCAGCCAGAGUGCAAUGCACAGGCAGCCAAGCUGGCCCGCUUGCAAGCACAGAUGAGGUUCCGGAACGAGGACUACACGGUGCACGUGCAGCUGAACGACUACCUGGACAUCCUGUGUCCGCAUUACGAGGAUGACACCGUGGCCGACGCCGCCAGGGAGCGGUACACCCUGUACCUGGUGGAGCGCGAGGAGUACCAGCGGUGUCAGCCCCAGUCCGAGGACCAGGCUCGCUGGCGGUGCACCCAGCCCAGCGCCAGGCACGGCCCCGAGAAGCUGUCGGAGAAAUUCCAGCGCUUCACGCCCUUCACCCUGGGCAAGGAGUUCAGGGAGGGGCACAGCUACUACUACAUCUCUAAACCCAUCCACCACCAGGAAGACCAGUGCUUGAGGUUGAAGGUGACUGUCAAUGGCAAAAUCACUCACAGUCCUCAGGCCCAUGCCAAUCCACAGGAGAAGAGACUUCCGGCAGAUGACCCAGAGGUACAAGUUCUCCAUAGCAUCGGUCACAGUGCUGCCCCCCGCCUCUUCCCACUUGCCUGGGCUGUGCUGCUCCUGCCAUUCCUGCUGCUGCAGACCCCAUGAAGGGCUGUGUGCCACAUCCAGCCUAAGGACUGGACCGGGGCUGAGGAGGCGGGGCGGGGCAUCCCUCACCUGUCCUGGGAACCAUUCCCACCACAUGCACAAGCUGCCAUUCAGCAGCCUCAAAACGGGUCAGGAUUAAGGGUUUCAACCCAAAGGAGGUCAGCAAGCCUGGCAUUGCCAUCCCUUCCUCCACCCUGAGGGACAAAGAAGUGGGGACAGUCCUUCCCCCCCAUUCCUGCCCUUAAGCCAAAGAAACAAGCUGUGCAGACGUGGCUUCUUAAGGAGGGCACCGUGGGAGCCAAACUGGAAGGGGCCUGGGGUCAUGCAGAUGGACACUGAGCUUGGCAGAGAUGCCCCUCCCAAGAGAGCCAGGAUGCCUGGAUGAACUGACCGACGGAAAAGCAGGAGACAGUUCCAUGCUUGGGAGCCAGAGACCGGGAGAGGCGGCGUGCUUGGGCUGACCCAGCAUCUCUCCUGAGGCUUCCGGAAGACUUUGAAGCUGCCAUGGAGAGGUUUGUAGCCAGGCACCACAUCCUGUCCCAUCUGGGGCAGCACUGCCCAGAGCGGUGCCCGCAGGGGGCUGUGCCACCCUGUGCCUGGAGUGUAGCUGCAAGGGCAGGACCCACGCAUACAGGAUCUGUAUAUAAACUUGAUGUGUGUCUGCUGAUUUCUACAACUGGAGUUUUUUUAUACAAAAAAAUAAAGCGAUGUGUUUCUUUA